GACCGUCGCGCUGUGUUCCUGUGGUUAGGUUAGUGUUGUGCGGAAUCCAGCUCCUCUGCAGGCAGUGUGAUAUACGAUGCAAGCUCUCAUUGUGUCCAAAUGGCCGAAUCUAGUUUCUACAUUCUGCGUCGUUGCUGUUUUGCUUGUUUCUCCCAAUGCACAACAGGUUCCAACCACUGGCAGUGAUAAUCAAGGAUCCUGCAGGGACCAUGCAGGGUCAGAGUACAGGAUAGGGGAGUCGUAUUAUCACCAGAACUUUGCAGCCAGUGGAGGAGCAGAAACAUCAGCUGCUGAUGUGGUUCUGGUAGUGGAUGAGUCUGGAUCCAUCGACAUGGAGGUUUUGUGGAUUAGAGAGGUGGUGUCUGAACUGGACUAUCUGCUCCAGAGUGCAGGUGUUGGGGCCGGAACACGACAAAACCUCUUCUCUCUCGUUGGAUUCGGUCGCAACAGUGUCCGCGGUGUGACUGGUAUUGUCCUCUCCGACUUUGCCCACCAGACAGUGUUCCUUGAGGCCCUGGAUCUCCUCCAGACAUCUGGCGGAGCGGAGGAUGGCUACGCAGCUCUGGAGUACGCCAUUGUCAACACACAGCCACGACCAGACACAGUGAGGCUGAUGGUCCUGGUGACUGACGAGGACCGUCGGGUCAUCCGGGAGGACCUCGACCGAGACACCAUUCAGAACAUCAUUAGAGAGUCUGGCUACGUCCUCAAUGUCGUCGUUAACCAGGGGUUCCUCGCAGACCCAUCUGAUGAAGGCUCGCAUGCUAUGGGGCUAGACAGUAACCAGACUGCAUACGUCUUUAACCCUUCCAGCCCAACCCUCUAUUCCUCGUCUCCUGGUGGAUCGGUCAACUUUAGUCCUUUCACCUUCUUCCCUGACACUUUUGCUGACUAUGUUGACCUUGCUUUUAAUGUUGGAGGUGCUGCCUGGGAUCUCAACUUUGUUGCUGAGGGAGAGCCCCUGUCGUUAGCUCUAGCCCGGGCCUUUGCAGAGGUGAAGAUAGCGGAGGUGAUGUCGGUGCUGAGGGUGUGUGAGAGAUGUCUGUGUGGGAAGUCUGGUCCAGAGUGUAGCGUAACAGAGAACGUGCCACUCAAGAACUGUGUUGGACCUGCCCCAGAGUCGAGGUGUUUCCUGGCAGGAGGCCAUGUGUUAAACCUGGGAGAGAGUGUCACGCUGGUGACUCUGUCUCCCGAGGACCAGACUCUGGCGGCUGAUGUGAUUCUCCUGGUGGACGAAUCCAGCUCCAUGGUCAUGGAGCAUGACUGGAUACCUGGGAUGAUCAGGGAACUCGACACUGCUCUCCAGGAAGUGAAUGUGGGUCGAGUGGAGUCCAACAGGUUUGGUCUGGUGGGGUUUGGUGGUGACUGCAGUGACGGUGUGGGUCUGGGGAGAGUCCUUUCGGCUGUGGGCGGGGCACAGUUCUCAUUCUCCACCAACUUCACCGAGCUCUCUGAAGGACUCACCUCUAGUGGACGCAGAGAGGAUGGCUACAGUGCCAUAUAUACUGCCCUCAUGUCAUACCCACUGAGGCCUGGAGCUGCUAGACAGUUUGUCCUCAUCACUGACGAAGACAGGGAUGUAGUGGAUGGCAACCUGACACGAGAUUCAAUAGUGGCAGCUCUAUCAGGAGGGUCUGUCAUGUUGAAUGUAGCUGUAAAUGAGGAGUUUUCUGCCGGUGGUACCGGUGCCCUUCUGCGGGCACUUGGGAUUGACUCAUAUGGUAGGGGCUACGUGUAUGACCCCUCGUCACCAGUGAAGUACAGGGUGGUGGAGGAGGAGGGAGAGGCAGUGAGGGACAGUGGACAUAGGAACACUCACAGGGACUACACCCAACUGGCCCUGGACACUGGGGGAGGAGCCUGGGAUCUCAGCAUCCUCAGACAUGGGAAUGCAGUUGCUGUGUCGUUUACUGCUGCAUUUGUUCGUGCUAAAGUGGAAGAGAUAGUCUCUCAACUGUCACGUUGUUUCAACUGCUCCUGCUCACCUUCAGGGCCUCUGUGCACACCUUCAUCAUUCUGUCAAGAUGAUUCAGCUGAACCACCGAAGCCCUCAACGCCUGAUGCUCCCCUCUCUCUGAGAAUCGAACCUCAAGUCUCUAAUCCUCUGGUGGCUGAAACUCUGACUGAUGUUCUCCUCACCUGCUCUGCUGACAACAGCACAGCCACAGUGGUGUGGACAUUCAAUGGGGGCCAGGUGCCAGCCAACAGCCAGCUGGAGAGCCCAGAGCCUGGAGUGAAGGUCUUGCAGCUGAGUCAAGUGACACAGGGAGAGAAUGGUGGAGUAUAUGCUUGUCUUGCCCACCUGGGUGAGACCUACAACGCUGCUGCCACUAUAGAGCUGGAGAUUUAUGACCCGGAACAGGACCUUGGACUAAUUCUAAGUCCACUGGAGUCCACCCACUUCCCUGGCCAGUCUCUCCUCCUCUCUUGUACCGCCAAUGACCCCGCCAACUUCACCUGGACUUUUGACGACGGGCCACUCCCCCGGAAUGUGCGUGUGAUUGCCAAAGACUCUGGCCCCACCUCCUCGGUGCUGGCUCUGACGCAAGUGACACGGGAGAAUAGUGGUGCCUACACUUGCCUGGCCAGCAGCACAUCGCGUGGGAUUACCAAUGAGGACACUUCCCAUCUUUCUAUCAUGAGUACUUGAAAGUUUCAAAAGUGGUCGCAGAUAGCUGGCUGACUUUGUAGCUCUAAUUUUUAUGCAAUCAUUUCAUUUCUCCGUCUCACCCUUUGAUUAUUGAAACAACAAUAAAAUUAGGUAUACUGAGUGAACAGCAUAACCACAAAAAAGCAAGACAUCUGUGAAACCAACUUUAACCUUCUAUA